AUGGAUUUGCUUUUCCUUUUCCUAUUUCUAUCACUGGCUUCCACGUGGCAUACUGUAACCGCUGAAAUCUCCGCAUCCUCUGAUCUCAACUGCGACUUCACUUCGUCAUGUCGUUGGCGGAACUCAUCAGAUGUCGGUGGACACUUUGAGACGACUUCCCUUCUAGAAGCGGAUGCACAGAAUCGAAUAAUGCCGAUUGAUGAGAAUAAUCCCAAACCAUUCGCCUACACUGCGGGACUUAUGGGCCGGAUGAUGGCGUUACUUGUGUCGGAGGUAAUAACCUGUCAACUUGGAGGCGCUAGUAUCAAGUAUUGGUAUUACAAGACUGGGUUGGAUUCGCAGUUGGAAGUUUGUAUACGACAACCGCCAGGGAAUAGGGAUUUGAGUCAGAUGAGAUGCUACGACGGUGUGUCCACAUUCGGCAAGCAAUGGAUUUUCCGUGCCGUCGAGCUUCCCCCUAUAGCUCAACCCUUCGAGAUCGUCUUCAAAACCGUGUACUCCCCACCGAGCAGCGUGAUAGCUCUGGAUAAUAUCGUAUUCGAGGCGACACUCUGUGGCUACGGUCGUAAUCGUCGAGAGAUCCGACGGAUUGGUUACCAUGACUGGCAGAGUUAUCGCUCAUCGAAUUUGUAUAACGGAGAGUUGAUGUUGAUAGUGGCGCAGGAUGUGGCGGAUAAGCUGGAAAAGAAUUCGACCGCGCCGCCCGCCGUGGAGCCGCCCGUAAGCCUCGAGGCCAAGAUAGCGAUACUAAGUACAACCACAACAACUACAGUACCCACAACUACAGUACUCAGUACCACCACUACAGUACCCCCUACCACCACUUCACCUCCGGACCUCUCCAACCAAACCACCACGCCCACCAUAUCCAACGAGCAACAAUUCGCAAAUUUCGUCAAUUUUCUCAAACAAACCGCGCCUGUCAUCCCUUACAUCCCCACCCUGGUGAGAUCCUUGACGGCUUUGGAUCCCAGGGUGCCGGAGGAUAUAAAUCUAGGGAUGGGACAAGCCCCACCCCCAGGACCCCCUAUAGAUGUGAGACGGAGUCCUGUGACAAGUUCUCAUUUCUAUAAUACCAAUCAGCCAACACUCCUCACUGAUAACACGAAUCAAGAUAAGACCUUGGUAGAUUUGGCGAAAAAAUUUGGGUUGUGGGAGACCACUAGGAGCCCUGAACCGCCAACAAAUAACAAUAAAUUCGGUCUCCCUAACAAGCUUACCGAGGAAUCAGCCAUUUACCCGCCAAAUCUUCUUCAACAACACAAAAAGAAAAUCACCAUGAACCCAAUUAAGAAAAUUCCGAAUCCCCUUCCAGAAAACAUCGAGGAAUACCAUAAGAGCCUAUUCACCACUACAGUAUCCCCAGUAACCUCUUCCACCCAGCUCAUUAUAUUCAAGCAACCGACGUCCGGAGAGGCAGAGGUCGCUGAGAAACUUGCCGAUAUUGCGAAACUCCUCCCAUCUGGAGCGGUACAAGAUCUCACGGCGCUUCGCAACAUACCAGAUUUGGAUGGGUUGACUAAAGGCAUGGAUUUGUCGGAUAUACGAAAACCGGGCGGGUUUGGGCGGUUGAAGUCACAGUUUAUGGAACGGCUGAUGAGAAGGACACUUGGGUUGCCGAUGGAGACGGAUGACGUGAGGUUGCUGCCACCGCCGAUUGUGCCGAUGAAAGUGACGAGGAAAAUGAUGGCCGAGAUGAUGAAGAGGAAGGCGGCGAGGAGGAGGAUGAACUAA